AUGGCCUCAUCUGCCGAUUUCGAAGCUGCUGCUGAAGCUAGCCGGAAACUCCUCGCGAAGCCUAGUGACGACGAGCUCUUGUCUCUCUAUGCUCUCUUUAAGCAAGGAAAGCAAGACCCCCCAUUCGAGAAAGCCCCUAGCCCCGGAAUGUUCGACUUGAAGGGAAAAUACAAAUACGGCAAAUGGAAGGAGAUCGUCGAGGAAGGGGUUACCCCAGAACAAGCCCAAGAGCGAUACAUCGCCCUUGUCGAGAAACUAAAGGCCAAAUACGGCUACGACGAGUCCAAGGCGCCAGAGGCAGUUGGCUCUUGA